AUGUCCAAAUGGGACCCAUUUAGCAGACCUUCAGUCAUAACUCAAUACAGUGAACUUGAAUGGAACAAUGGGCAGAUAUUAAACCCUGACGUGACGAUUACUAUAAAGGAUGAAAAAAUCGGUGCCCAUAAAAUAAUUUUGCAAUUCGCCAGCAAUUACUUUUGGAAGCUCAUACACGAGAAGAAAGGGCUGAGGGAAAUAAAAGUCCCCGACGAAUUUAAUAUUCAACCCGCUGUAUUCAAAAAUAUUUUAAAGUUUUUCUACACCCAAAAAUUUGAAAUCGACAAGGACAAUGUAAACGACAUAGAGAAAGCCUGCGAAAAACUGGAAUGCGAUGAUAUUCUUUACAAAUGUAAAGAGUUUAGAGAAAAGGACAAACCUCAAACAAAGAUUGAAGUGCCUCAUGCGGGCGAUAUUGCUAUCAAAACUACAGAUGGUAAACCACCCGCACCUCCCGUAGCUUGGGGAACCGAAUAUUAUUCUCCUGAAUUUUUAUGGAAGCCAUUGGUGCGUGGUUCAAAUUUUUUGCAUUUCUUACAAUUUUUGUGGGAUCAGGGACGGGCAAUAUUUUCUGAUGUUACCGUUAUCACCGGCGGAGUCGCAUUUCGUGCGCAUAAGAUGAUACUCUCUUGUCACAGUUAUUAUUUUUCGGAUAUUUUUUCGAAAUCCCCUCACGCGACCGAGAUCAUGUUGCCCAAAUCUUACGAUAUCAGUGCCUCAACUUUUCACAAACUAUUGAAAUUUAUGUACACUAAUAGUUUAGAAGUUGAACCUAGAGAUGCUAGUGCCUUAUAUCAUUCCGCUGUUAUUUUAAAGAUGACGCAAUUAAUAGGAUUUAUAGAAAAAUCCUAUUUCAAGGAACCUUAUGGACAUAAGGCAAAAAUAAAUCAGGAGCCAAAAAUUAGUGACCAAUUGUCUCCAAGAGGCUUUGAAACAUCGGCAUUAGCUGAAGCAGAAUUAAUGAAACUGUUAGGACCCCUGCCAAAUGCCAAUUCUAAUAUGCAAACAAGUAUGCCCAUUGCUGAUUAUAUGUCAACAAGUAUGCCCAUUGUUGAUUUCAAUAUGCCGCUUCCUGAUUUAAAUAUUCCAAAAAAUAAUUAUCAGCAAUUUUCCAUGGUGAACAACUUUUUAAAUUUGCCAGCACCCGUUACCCCACUUCCUCAAAUCAUGGCUCCCAAAACGCUUAUUCCUGCACUAACUCCCAUUCAAACCUUUAAUUAUUCUCAAAAUAUACCACCAAUCACAUUCCCGCAAUUUCCUCCGAUCCCUAGUAUAAUGCCCCAAACACAGCCACAAAUGUGCACGACUAAUUUACAAUUCGGGAAUGAUUUCCUAGAAUUUGAUAUCGAUAAAGUUAUCUCGAUUUUAUCCAAUGAUAAUAUAAUAGCAAAGAGUGAGUAUGAAAUUUUUAGAGCGGCAAUGAAUUGGUUGAAACACAAGCCAGAAAGAUUAACAUAUGUUAAUGAUAUUAUGAGAUGCAUAAGAUUUCACUAUAUGGAGCGAAAGGAUUUGAUGAACAUAACAAGCAUGACACGAGAUUGGUUCGAAAGGAAUAGCACCUAUAGAGAAAUGUUAUUGAAAGCGAAUUGGUUUAUAGUCUCUGGAGAUAAUAACAUUAAAUCAUCCCUAAGUGAUCCAAUUCCGAUGAGGAGAAGAAGGCUUGGAGAAAUGUACAACGAGAUUGGAGCUGGGGAAAGAUAUAAUAUGGCAAAAUUGCCGACCACUUUUCAAAACACUUUGACCAAUUAUAAUAUGUUUCCUACACUACCACCUCCAAUAUACCCCAUCAAAGAAAACACUUUUACCAAUUUUAAUAUGUUUCCUACACUACCAUCUCCUAUAUAUCCCAUCAAAGAAAACGCUUUGUGCAUACAGUGUAAUACUCAAUGGCCUUAUACAGCUAACAAACCUCUUUACGGAAGAUCGCCUUACUAA